CUCUCUUUUUCCCCAACUUUUACCCCCAAUAAUAAAUAAUAAUAAUAAUCCAUGCCCUUUAUUGUUCAUCAAGUCCCAUCUCCUUCUCUACCAUUGCAAACACAACACACACACAGCCAUCUAAUUAAAUCCCUCUCCCAAAAAAAAAAAAAAAAAAACCUCCUCUUUUAUGGGGGCUUCCUUUGCCAAGGACUCCGCUAAUUUCUCUUCCUCUUCUACCUCUUCUUUCGAAGAUAUACCGGAAAAUUGUAUUUCCAUUAUCUUCAUGUAUUUGGAUCCUCCCGAGAUCUGCAAUCUCGCCUCUCUUAAUCGCGCCUUUCGUGCUGCUUCUUUGGCUGAUUUCAUUUGGGAAUCCAAACUCCCUUCCAAUUACAACUUCUUACUUCGUCGAGUUCUUCAUCCUCUAUUGAGUCAACCUAAGAAAGAGAUCUUCGCUAGGCUCACUCGCCCCUAUCUCUUCGAUCAUGCUACUAAGGAGGUUUGGUUGGAUAAAAGUUCUGGAAAUAAUUUCAUUUCGAUUUCAUCAAAGGCUUUGAAGAUUACAGGGAUUGAUGAUAGAAGAUAUUGGAAUUAUAUUCAAACUGAUGAAUCAAGGUUUGGGUCAGUGGCAUAUUUGAAACAAAUUUGGUGGGUUGAAAUAGGAGGAGAAUUGGAGUUUGAGUUGCCUAAAGGAAAUUACAGUGUAUAUUUCAGGCUUCAAUUGGGAAAACCUUCCAAGAAAUUUGGAAGAAGAUUUGUAGAUAUUGAUCAAGUUCAUGGUUGGGAACUUAAGCCAGUGAGAUUUGAAGUCUCAAUUUCCAAUAAUGCCCAAAAAGCUUCAUCUGAAUGCUAUUUAAACCAAUUUGGGAAAUGGGUUUUGUAUAAAGUGGGAGAUUUUAGUAUUGAAACCCAUAAUUUUGUAGCCCAAAUCAAAUUCUCAAUGAUUCAAAUUGAUUGUACUCAUACUAAAGGUGGCCUUUCUGUGGACUCUGUCUUCAUUUGUCCCAAUGAUUUUAAGCCCACCUUCAAAUGAUCAUCACUCUAGGGAUUAUAACUAAUGUCGGUGGAGGAGAGAGGGGGCGCAGAUCUCUGUUUUGGAUAUAAUUUUUGGCUGAGAUUUGUUUUUGUUUUGGUUCAAUUUUGUUUAGGAUUGUGAAAUUGUUGUUAUUAUGAGAUUGGUGUACAGAAAUUCUUGGUGAAAAGAAUAAUGAAAUGGAAAAGAUGUUCUUUGUGUA